UUACUGUUUUUAAAGCAAGAAUUUCACUAUUUGUAUGAUACUUAGGAGUUUAACUGUGACACCUGAGCAAUAUACAAGCAAUAAAACUAAUUUUUGUUUUGGUGGGGGCUUCUCCUUUUUCAGUUACUAUGGAGAAUAAUGAAAGUAAUGCUAAGGAUGCAAAGAGCACCUCAGAUGAAGAUGACACCAGAGACGUAGUUCAGCAGAAAACUCAGGAAGAAAUUCUCUUUCAUGAGGAAACCAUUGAUCUUGGUGGAGAUGAAUUUGAGUCUGAAGGGAAUGAGACUGUAUCAGAGGAUUCAAAUAAUUUUGUAGAUAAACUUAAUGAGCAAAUGAUGGAGAGUGUUAUUAUUUCAGAUUCUCCAAACAAUAGUGAAGAUGACACAGGUGAACUUGGAUGUCUUCAGGAAAUUGUAGACCAAAUGGAAGCUAAAGAUAAUCAAAAAACACAAACAGAAGUGGAUAAAGAAGAGUUUUUAAGUAAUGAGAGUGAAACUGAACAUGAAGAAACUCCUAAAGACAUUUCUGAGAUUGGAACAGAUGAUCAGGCAUCUUUAAAGGAAGAAUCAAUUCAGGAAGCAGUGAAGGAGGAACCAAAGUUGGGAAACAACGUUCCUGUUGAAACAAAACCAAAUAAUGUUGAUGAAAGCACACCUAAGGACCAAACAUUGUCACCGAGUACUACCAAACUGUCUUCUGAGGCUGAACCCAUUCCUGUGUGCACAAUAUUCAGCCAAGCAAACAAUGCUAGUUCUCAGCCACAGUUGUUCCUACCUGAUGGUUUUGAGCCUCAGAUGGUGAAAUCUCCCAGUUUUAGUAGUAUAAUAGAGACUCCAGUGAAGUCUAAUCCACAGGUGGUUCAACCAAGUCCUAGUCUAAGCAAAUUCUUUGGUGACACUGUUAACACUAAUACUUUAGCUUCUGAUUUUUUUGAUUCAUUUACCACAUCCAGUUUUAUUUCUGUUAGUAAUCCCAAUGCAAGCUCUUCAGUUUCAGAACAAAUGUCCUCUCUUUCCAAUGGUGGAGAUAGUUCUUCAUCCAACACUACUUUCCCUGUGCAAAAUGGGAGACCUGAAGCAGGUGGUCCACCAUCAUCUCUAGAAAUAACUCAAUCCCCCAAGCCGUUCUCACAAAUCCAAGCUGUUUUUGCUGGGAGUGAUGACCCAUUUGCCACAGCCUUAAAUAUGAGUGAACUAGAUCGAAGAAACGAUGCUUGGAUUCCUAGUGAGGAGACAAGAAAUGUUCUCAUUUCAGUUGCUACACAACAAUACAGCGCUGUGUUCAUCGAUAAAGAGAAUCUCACUAUGCCUGGAUUAAAAUUUGAUAAUAUCCAGGGAGAUGCAGUAAAAGACCUAAUGCUUCGCUUCUUGGGGGAGCAGGCUGCAGUGAAGAGACAAGUUUUAAAUGCCAACUCUGUAGAGCAGUCAUUUGUAGGCUUGAAACAGCUAAUUAGCAGUAAAAACUGGAGGGCAGCAGUUGACUUGUGUGGGCGGCUUCUAACUGCACAUGGUCAAGGCUAUAAAAAAAGUGGACUACCUGCUAGCCAUACAACAGAUUCUCUACAGCUGUGGUUUGUGAGACUAGCACUGCUGGUAAAACUGAAUCUGUUCCAAAAUGCAGAAAUGGAAUUUGAACCAUUUGGAAAUUUAGACCAGCCUGAUCUUUAUUAUGAAUAUUACCCUAACGUAUACCCUGGACGUAAAGGUUCCAUGGUUCCUUUCUCCAUGCGGAUUUUGCAUGCUGAACUUCCUCAGUACCUAGGAAAUCCUCAGGAAUCACUUGACAGACUGCAUAGUAUGAAGAUAAUCUGCACCAAGAUACUAGAAAAUUUGGAACAAGGCUUAGCUGAAGAUGGAAGUAUGACUAACAUUACACAGGAGAACAGACAAGCCUCUGUUCAGCUGUGGAGGUCACGUCUGGGCCGGGUGAUGUACUCCAUGGCAAACUGUCUGCUAAUGAUGAAGGACUACGUGCUGGCUGUAGAUGCUUACCACUCUGUCAUCAAAUAUUACCCACAGCAAGAGCCUCAGUUGCUGAGUGGAAUUGGAAGGAUUUUCCUUCAGAUUGGAGACAUAAAAACUGCAGAAAAAUAUUUUCAAGACGUUGAGAAAGCAGCUCACAAAUUGGAUGGACUACAGAGCCAAAUUAUGGUUUUAAUGAACAGAGCAUUUCUCCACCUUGGUCAGAAUAAUUUUGCAGAAGCUCAUCGAUUUUUCACAGAAAUUUUAAGGAUCGACUCAUCAAAUGCUGUGGCUAACAACAAUGCUGCUGUUUGUCUUCUUUACCUGGGGAAACUGAAGGAUUCCCUGCGGCAGUUGGAAGGAAUGGUUCAGCAGGACCCUCAGCACUACCUACACGAGAGUGUCCUCUUCAACCUGACUACUAUGUAUGAACUGGAGUCAUCUCGCAGUAUGCAGAAGAAGCAGGCACUUCUGGAGGCUGUAGCUAUCAAAGAGGGCGAUAGCUUUAAUACUCAGUGUCUCAAGUUAGGAUAGAUCAUUUCCAACUAUUUUUUCCAGCAAGGCUGAUUUUUUAAAUUGUAUAUACUCUCACCAAUGUGUAAAUGUGAAAUAAAAUCUAUUCAAUUAUGAAUAUUCAGUGGCAUUACUACAGAACCCCUCAUCUCUAACAGGCCUGUCAUUGCAAAAACUGUGCUGACUUAGAGCCAGCUUCAUCCCUACAGGUCUGUUACUGUCCAGUUACUCCUCAUUACAGUGUACCAUAAUAUAUAUAUACAAUCAACUACUCAGAUUCUUUUAUGAGAAAAACUGAAUUUAACCUUAUAUUGUCUUGAUGAUUUUUCAGUAGUCAGUGAGCAAGCCACAUGAGCUUAUUUCAUCAGCUAGGAGUUAUUGACACAAUAUCAGUACAUGUAUUACAGAAAUUCUGAAUGAACUUCUCUUCAUUUGCUUCUACUGUGUGUGCUUCGUUUUGUCCCCAUCACUCUUGAAUCUUACACCUUUGUGUGUUUGUAGCUGUCAGAGAAGGCUGCUUGAUAACCAUGAUUCAGAGUCACAGCAUGGCUGAGGUUGGGAGGAAGUGCUGGAGGCCAUCUUGUCCAAGUCCCAGUAACACAGGGAUAUGUCCAAGAGCAUGUGAGGGAGUCACGGAGUCCUGCACAGUAUCAAUUUCCCACAGUAUGAGGGAAUGUAUUAAAUGAUCUCCCUGUACUUCCUUGUUUUUGUGUUACUGUUAAAUCGUUCAGAUUAAAACACGUGGAAUCUGCAAAGCUCCUCCACUCUGGCAUUCUGCUGGGUAGAGAAAGGAGCAGUGCCAGUUGGAGUGGAAACACAGCGGAUUUCAGCUCAGUUCCUCUCCCAUUAUGAAGCAAAAACACUGAACAUGAAGUAUUUCCGAGGGAAAAUGAUGCAGAGCCUGAGGCAGAGGUAUCUAAGGGUUAGGCCACACAGAGUGGAAGCAAAUGGGGUUCAGGACACAAGGCAGUUAUCAGUGAUGCAGCAGUAUCAGCAUACACUGAUAUUGGCAUCCCUCAGAACACAGAUUUUUGGAAUCAGAGUACCACUGUGAUACCAGUGUAUUUCACACUCUGCCCACAUUUCUCCCUUCAUCUGUAUUGUAAAGAUUCAAUGCAGAUACUCCCACUCAUACAUGAAUACAAUAUAUGCAUCUGUUCCUAGGGGUGUUUUAUUGUUUGAGAUUUAAUGCUUAGCAAUUGGACUAGUUCCUUGUCAUAAAUCACUGCCAUGGGACAGUUCUGUAAAUGUGUUACAUUUUUUAAUACCAUAUCCAUCAAUUAAUUCUCACUCCCUUUUAAUACCCCAACCUGUAUUUUUAAGUAACCAAUAACUCAUUUUUAUGCUUGCCCAUCUGGAGAUACUGUACAUGGGCCAAACAGUUGUCCUCAAAAAUCAGCUUGUUUGAAAGCUUCUGCAGUCUAGACGUGCAGUGACAUAAGGUUGCUUCAAAGUUGCUGGUCACCUGAAAAGGCAUAAGCCUACAGCUUAUACAGAAACAGAAUUUGCUCCAUUUUUACAGUAUAUUUCUGUUUGACAGGCAUACUUGUACACUGAACAGCUAGUUGUGUACCAUUCCACUGAAAAAAAAUUAAAACAGUUGGUAUUUCUGUUUCUGA